UACACAGUGCCGGAGUAUUUACUGUUGCGGCAGCACGUGCAUAUAACCUCUUGUUGGUCGUAAUGUCCGAACAGUUGGUCAGUGUUGGUCGAUGUUGUUGCGCCACUGUCAACCUGGUGACGCAUUGAAUACGACAGAUUGUAUAUUACGGCACGUGAAUGACUGGCCAUUCAUGCGCGCGGAUUAACGUUAAUUGGCACCGGCGUUGCGAACAACAUGCUCCCGGGGUGUAAACACGCAGACCUGACAUCAUCCGUCCAAUACACUCCAAGUCCACCACUGGUCGGGGUGCGUUCGUACCACGCAACUCUGUUACAGGAGUAGUUGGGGUGCGUUCGUACAUAUGUACCACGCAACAAUUUGCCUUAGUGUUUUAGGUACGUUCGUCAGUGAAUGGACCCGCGUUCUGCUAUCCGACACUCGAUACAUUCCUGGAUUGUGAUAAUCGUGUAGUCUCAUGCUACAUCACGGAUUAAACAUGGCAAAAUGUAAUUCAGUGUUCAGAAGCGUCACGAUAGCAGGAUAUGCGUUGUGGUGAUUAAGAAGUGUUUCAUCUCGAUACUUAACAUCCAUUGGAUUCUGCUCUCUAGAUACUAACACCGCAGAUUUCAUUUGGAUACAUGAUAGCAAAAUCGCCGAAUUGCCUGAGUCUCCACAGCGACCGCCGCCAUGUUGUGAUCUCGACCAAUCUACGUUAAAACCAUGAUUUCCGAAGACCAUGACAAGCGAUGAAAGCGCCAAAGCGUUUGAAGCUAUCCUCACUCGUACACGUCCGUUCGGAUUCUAUCAGAAACGUCUCUUUUUGCUUACUACAUUGUUACAGUCCCUAUGCUGGAUGAUCCUGAUGUACCUCAACUUCCUCAAGAAACAUUCGUGGGAGGAACAACCAUGUUUGAAGUCGGUGAUAAAAGACAUAGUUUCUGUUGGAAACUUUACCAAUAGUACCGAGUCGCCUCUAGUACAGACGACAGCCAUCUAUACACGAGAAUGCGAGGAGUCAUUCAACGUCACAUCACAAGUCAGAUGGACGUUACCAAAGUGGCUGACGUGGGGACCAGACGCCAUCCUCUAUGAGUACGUUUGGUAUGGACAGAAUGGAGGUAUUAUUGCCGGCGCCUUCGUUGGAGGAUUUUUUGGCGACCUUGUCGGUCGGAAGGUCAUCUCAUUCUUAAUGUUCGCGUGCAUGUCUAUGGCACAGGGUAUGGUGGCCCUGUCCGAGGACUGGCUCAACUUUCUCCUGUUCCGAAGUCUCGUAGGACUGUUCGCUGGCGGUUUCGCGGUGACCAGUAUGGUGCUGACCGUGGAACACGUAGGUCGGAACUGGCGUGAUGUUUGUGUAUGUUCCUGUCUGUGGACUCUCGGCAUCAUACUUCUAUCAUUCGAGGGCUGGCUCACACAGAACUGGCGCUACCUCGCCAUCGCCACCUCCGCCACAAGCCUUCCAUUCAUUGGUACAUAUUUUAUAUUUCCAGAAAGUUUCCGAUGGUACGGAUGUCGGGAAAGAUUUGCAGAAUCCGAAGCUGGUAUCAGAGAAAUAACGUCCGCAAAUACUACAUCUGUACCGGAUGUGACGUCACUGUGUGAUCGAGCUAGACUCGCCGUCCUUAAUUCUAUGCACAAGAGAACUCACACCUUCUCGGACUUAUUCCGUACCAGGAAAUCUUGUAGAUACACUGUUGCUGCAAUCGUGUGCUGGUCAGUGAGCUGCGCCGUUUACCGGUGUUUACUGGAGCGGAUGGAUAGCCUCACGGGAAAUGAUUACAUCGACAUCUGUAUCACAUACACCAUCGAUCUCCCCAUUGUCUUCUCCGCCAUUAUCAUCAACAAAUGUAUCGGCCGUCGCUGGUGCCUGUUCCUGUACGGGACGUCAUCAGGGUUCGCCCUUAUGUGUAUCAUUGUCCUGCACAUAACCAACAACCUGGACAAGGACGAGCAGAUGGUCACCAGCAUAUCCGUGUUCGGCAAACUAGGGGUGACUGCUUCAAUAGCACUCACCGGUCUCGUCACCAUCGAAACCUACCCAACCGCAAUCAGGUGUAUGGGGACGUCUGUUGGGAUCAUGUCGGGCGUGGUUGGCUGUGCUGUUGGUAGACAGAUCCUCUCAGUCGCCUCUAAAAACUUUCACUAUACUUUGCCUUACAUUGGGUAUGGAGUACUGAUGACGAUAGUAGGAUUCUCCGGACUUCUCUUCUCGGAGACGCUGGAUCGACCUCUACCGGACUUACUCCCCAGUCGACACCGCCUUAUCGGCAUAAAGGAAGUGAGUGUGUCCACACAGGCAUGGGGAGGCGCAAGAUGAGAGAGUAAAGGUGAUCGACAAGAUCGAUUGGGAAAAUUUACAGAUGUCCAUGGACAGUUGGGUCUCCGUACGGGAGCAGGCUAGCCAGACCUAGGAGUUUUUACGUGGACCAGAAUGCUCACUGGAGCAGACGUGAGGUUAUAUUUUGGCGGCAGCUGGAAAAUUUUGAAGUUCUCGUUCUCGCGUUGAAGCGGUUGAUAUCUUCAAGUUUCAAGCGUCCGUGAUGUGUAAAUAAUUGAACGUGAGCUGCGUCUCGACGCACGUGCAAACAUCACAAUGUGACGUUGUCGUGGUUCGAGUUACCUUUAGUGUAGAUGGCGUGUGUGUCGGGUUGGACGUCAUCGGGAUUAGAUUAUAUCUACACGAGUACCUUGUAUAAAUCCUGUAUAUCAUCACCACAAAAUAAUAGCAAUAAAUUCGUUU